AUGAUGGAAAAGGAAGGAAACGAUUAUGACGAUGAAAAUGAACUGCUUACGACUCAAGGCAACGGCUGUGCGACGAACACGGAGCUUUUGGGACGGGAAUACUACGCUAUGGCAGAACUAUACCCGAGCAAGGAGCCGAACAGGAACGUUUGUGAUAAACACAGCGAGGAAAAUAGCGAGAAGGAAGCCGAGAAGCAUGUCCUGGUCACAAGUAAUUUCGCCAAAAUCGAAGCAGACGUAGAGCACGGUUUAAUUCCGUUCAGGAUGGAAGGAAGAGGAAGCAGAUGGCUGAGUAAUAUUCAGUGUGUAAUGAUAAUGCUGUGCUUUUUGAUCGUCUUCAUCGUUUGCAUCGUGCCGAUUUUUUUCUCGCUGAAACACGCGGUCACAGGCGAUAGCGACAAACACGAUCAGUUUUCGAUCAUCGGGAACUGA